GGUUACUCGAUUAUUUAUUUAUUUAUUUGUUUGUUUUGUGGCACCUCUCCACUCGGUUCCUUCUCCGACCUUCUGGAAAAAUCCGCCGACCUAGAAACGGCGAAUAGCAAAGAGCGCCGGGGAAGACGGCGAUCCCUCUGCAAAGGAGGAACGAGAUGAGCGACGGCGGAGGGGAUGCUGUUAGUCGUCAGAAGGCGGUGGCGGACUACCGGAAGAGGCUGCUAUGUCACGAGGAUCUCAGUUCCAGGCAUACGACGCUGAGGGGAAAUUUAAAAGCCUUAAAGAAGGAGAUCACUAAAACUAAAGAUGAUCUAGAGUAUCUCCAGGGAGCAGGACAAUAUAUUGGAGAGGUUCUUAGGCCACUUAAUAAUGAGCGAUUUAUUGUACAGGCAACAUGUGGAAAAAGGUGGGUUGUUAACUGCUGCAACAAAGUGCACAAAGGGAAACUAACAGCAGGAACACGGGUGGCUCUUAAUAUAGAUGCUCUUACAAUUAUGCGCUGUCUUCCAGGAGAGGUUGAUCCUGUUGUGUAUAACAUGCUGCAUGAAGAUCCAGGAUAUGUUAGUUACUCUGCUGUAGGUGGACUGUCAGACCAGAUAAGGGAACUGAGAGAGUCAAUUGAGCUGCCUCUUAUGGUUCCUGAACUCUUCCUCAGAAUAGGAAUUAAACCUCCAAAGGGGGUUCUCCUCUAUGGUCCUCCUGGUACUGGAAAGACACUACUGGCGAGAUUAAUUGCUAGCAACAUAGAUGUGAACUUUCUAAAGGUUGUGGCAAGUGCCAUAAUAGACAAAUAUAUCGGUGAAAGCGCACGUCUGAUUAGGAAGAUGUUUGGUUAUGCACGUGACCAUCAACCUUGCAUUAUUUUCAUCGAUGAGAUUGAUGCCAUUGCGGGGCAUCGUUUGAGAGAGAGUACCAAUGCUGAUCGGGAGAUUCAACGAACACUAAUGGAACUGCUCAAUCAACUGGAUGGAUUUGAUCAAUUAGGGAAGGUUAAAGUGAUUAUGGCAACAAAUCGACCAGAUGUUCUAGAUCCAGCUCUACUUCGCCCUGGCAGGCUAGACAGAAAAAUUGAGAUUCCUUUACCAAAUGAACAGUCAAGGAUAGAAAUUCUUAGAAUACAUGCUGCUGGGAUAACAAAGCAUGGUGAUAUCGACUAUGAUGGAGUUGCAAAACUUGCAGAGGGUUUUAAUGCAGCAGAUCUUAGGAAUGUAUGCACAGAAGCUGGAAUGUCAGCUAUUUGUGCAGAGCGCGACUAUGUGGUUCAUGAAGACUUUAUGAAGGCUGUGAGGAAAAUGAAUGAAACAAAGAAACUAGAAUCUAGUGUUCAUUACAGUGUCAAUUUUGGCAAGGACUAGGUUACUCUUGAGAUAUUGAUGUUGGAUACAACAUGUAACUGUGAUCAGCAAUUUGCUUUUGCUCGUUUGAUCUCAUGAAUGAAAUUUACAGAUGAUGGCGUUGGUUUCAGUAUUUUGCUUAAAAAUCUCUCUUCAUCAUGAA